UCCACUUUCUUUCUGCUUUGCCACUACGUGAACUGUGUGAGGGACAGAGGGAGAUGGGAAGUGAAGGACAAAGAGAGCAAUUAAACCAUGCUUUAAUUGGAUAUCUCAACACAGUUCAUGAAACUCUUCAGGUGUUGGAUCAAACAGCAGCCUCAUCUUCUGAAAAAGUCAGCUGGAAUGAGGUUAUUCAAAUGGGUGAACAGCUUUCCAAACAAGCCACUAUGGUUGGAAUGCUUUGGAAUGGAGAAAAAGUGGAAGUGAAAGCCCUGGAGGAAAACAUGGCUGCAUACUUUAAUAUCCUUCAGGGUCUCCUUCUUCUCUCCCAUGGAAGUACUGUGGGAGCAGGGCCUACCCUUGCUUCCUGCAUUCAUGCAUCAGUAAAGCAAGUCGUUGACUGUAGUUUCAUGUUAAUGAAAGAGUCAGUCUCUUCAUAUGGUUCUAGCAUUAAAACCCAAAAUCUAUCAAUUCCACAGUUGGUAGGCACAGUCUGGGAAUCUUGUUCUGCUCUUAAGAAGACCCCUUCAACAAAUGUCACUGCAAUAGGGCGUGCAAUGACUCAGGUCACUGUCUCAAUCAAGGAUGUUCUUCGCGAAAUGAAGGAACUGAAGGCAGCUUCCUCUGAUCUGGAAGAGGAAUUCAAGGAUAAGGCUUCUGAGGAAGCAGAAAGCAAACUUGAGAGUGAUGAUUCAGAUGCUGAUGAUUUGGGCAAUGACCUUUCACCUGAAGAAAUGAAGAUUGCUCAGUUGUCUACUGCAGUUGUUUCUGAGACACUAGCUGUCGUAAACAAACUUAUUCGUGCCAUCAUAGGCUUACUCAAGCAGGAAAACCAAGGAGCUUUUUCUAAUUCCACAGAUUCUCUGGAAAGACUAUUGAACUUAUGCCAAGCUAUUGGAUCUCAGGUUGACGAGCUUGGAGCUUGUCUCUACCCCCCACAGGAAAUCCUUGUGAUGAAGGCUGCAUUGGAAAAAAUUUCUGGAGCUGUUGGUGAAAUUCAAAUAGAGUUGGAACGUAUUAAAGGCUCUUCAGAAGAUUUUGUUCAAGCGUGCACAAAUUUGAAGAGCCUGAUAAGACAGCUAGAAUCUGAAUUAGGAUGCUCUAAUGCAAAUGAUUUGUUAGUUCCUAAAAUGGAGAACCUCGUUGUUAAUAGCUAGUCAUGCCUUGCUACAAGCCUGUUGGUUGAGACUCACACCCAGAGUUAAUGAACAUCUAUCUGCAUAUUCACUGGAAAUCUUCUCUGGGCACUGAUGCUGUACAUAAAUGAAAGUUUUGAACUUGGACCAAACGACUGUUUCAAGAGGGAUAAAGAAGAGGAGCUAUUAUACAAGCAAUACGAGGAAGAUGAUCUCUCUCUUUUCUUUUCUUUUAUUUUUGUCAUAGACCAUUAGACGAAUGAGCUUGAAUUUGUCUAGCAGCAGACUGAGGUUCACAAAAAUUGGAGGUUGUACAUGCAGGCCACUUUCAUGCUUCCUGUAUUUUGGUGUAUGAGGGUCUUUUUAGCUUUGUAACAGAGUCACUCUUGAUGAAGAUUGCAAGAACACUUUCCUCA